GUGCAGUGCUGACUGUGCUGGGUUUACAGUGUGCUGUGUGUGAGCAGGGCAGGCAGCGGGGAGGUGACCAGCUGCAGCAGCAGCAGCAGCAGCAGCAGCAGCUCGCUGGUGAAUAGCUCCUCUAUGAACGCCCUUCAGACUCACUUGCCUGUGAAUCACAUUUUCCACCUACAACACUGUUACUUCAGACUGGGCCCCUCCGGAGGAACACAUGCAACAAAAGCCUUCUUCCUCUUGGAGAGUCGAUCUGCUGCCACACACACGAGAUCAACACGACUGUAAACUUUUCUUCAACUUCAACACUAAACUUUUUUUAAUCUUUUGAUGGGACAUCAUGAGAAAAGAUCGGAAUAAUGUUGUGUUCACUCCUCUGUCACAUUUAAUCAAUCAGCCCCGAUGGAGCUGUUUAAGUUAGCAAACCAGUGUCCGGAUCGAUUAUUGAUUUGUUGAUGAUCGAGUGAGUAUCGAUCUGAACUGACAUGGAUCUUCAGGUGGUUGUUUGGCUCUUCUACUGCUUCCUGCUGCCCACCGCGCUCUUAACAGCGUGUCUUUUUCGCUACAAUGUCUUGUCGCUGGUUUACUUCCUGUACCUGCUGCUGCUGCCAUGGUUCCUGUGUCCCAACAAACACACCAUCAGAGGUCACACAGGUCGGUUCAUCAGAGCGGUGUUCGGUACCAGUCUACUAUUUGUCCUUGCUCAUAUCUGCUUCCAGACAGUCCUCUAUACAUAUCCUCCUCUCACCAUCGCCAUCGGGGAUAACUGUUCACAAUGGGACACCAUAAGCAGACACAUAGGACUGUCCAGGCUUCCCCUAGAGGAUCCUUGGAGUGUGUUACGCCUUCUGUGUCCCGACCUGGGUGUAUGUGUGGUUGCCUUGGUAACAGUCAUCCUCUGCAGCAGAUUGGUCAGGAACCGAGAAAUGGUGGCUGCUGCCAACAUCACAUCGCUAGAAGAUCCAACAGACAAAACCACAGAUGAUGAGAAGGAGGAUGGGGAGGAGGAGGAGGAGGAGGAAGAGCCAUCAGGAGAUGAAGAUGAAGAAGAGAGGUCAUUACCCGGUGACCCUGAAGAGGAGGUUUCAACAGCAACCAGAGCCAAGCAGCUGGCUGAGCGUUUGAAGGCCACAGCCCGGAAAGUUCUGCGGGACCUGGGGAGAAUCUUGGCCAUCAGCCUGCUGGCGUUGGCUGGCAUCACCCUGCCAUCUGCCUUCUCAGCCAUCUACUUCCUGCUUUUCGUCGGUGUGUGCACGUGGUGGGCGUGCCACUUUCCCAUCAGUCACCUGGGUUUCAAUGCACUGUGUGUAAUGGUGGGCUUCUUCACGUCUGGUCACAUGGUGUGUCUGUACUUGUACCAGAGUCUGCUGGCACAGGCCGUGUUCCCCCCACACAGUCUAUGGGCCAGACUCUUUGGUCUGAAGGACAUCAUUAUACCAGGAAACUGCUCCUCACCCUAUGACCUCAACCUUAAUGCCGAUCAUGAUUGGCCAGUUUAUGUGAACCCAGGAAUACUGUUCCUCCUCUACAUUACCAUAGCAACUGUUCUCAAGACAGGAUGUCAUGGAACAUCGAGCCAGCAGGUUGAGGAUGAGCAGCAGGAGAAGAGGGAAGCGUUAAAGGAGGAGAUGGUGGAGUUAAGGUCAUGGAAUCCACCAAGAGAAAGCUAUGAAGAUGACACACAGCUCAUGCUCCUGUCUAUAGGAACAGAAAGCAGCAGAGCAGGAACUAUGGCUGGAGAGAGUCAGCCAGAUCUGGGUGUUAGUGGCGCCCCCCGUGGUCAACAGAGUGAAAGUCCAUUUUUCCUACUGGGAAAGGUGGUCAUGCAGCAGAGCUAUGUCUGUGCUCUCAUAGCCAUGAUGGUUUGGAGCAUCACGUACCACAGCUGGCUGACAUUUGUGCUGCUGCUGUGGGCUUGUCUCAUCUGGAUCCUGCGAGCCAGACGGCAUGCAGCCACACUAUGCUCACCGUUCAUCCUCCUCUAUGGCCUGGCUCUGUGCUGUCUGCAGUAUGUCUGGGCUAUGGAGCUUCAGCCUGAACUGCCCACCACAGUGGGAACCAUGAGCCUCAGACAACUGGGACUGGACAGAGCUCAGUACCCCUGUCUAAGACUGGGAGCUUUGCUUCUGUUCACUUUAACCUUCUGGCUGUUGGUGCGUCAGUCAGUGAAGGAAAACUUCAGCAGGAAAAGGAAAAUGACCACGCCACUACAGGAAGUCACUACAGGAGAAGAGGGGGCUGGUAAUGAAUCGGUGCUGAAGGUUCUGGGAGGCAUGGUGAUGAGCUGUUAUGCCAAGUAUUGGAUCUAUGUAUGCGGAGGGAUGUUCAUCAUGGUCUCCUUUGCUGGAAAACUUGUUGGAUACAAGAUAAUCUACAUGCUGCUGUUCCUGAUCUGCCUCUGUCUCUAUCAGGUGUACUAUUCUCUGUGGAGGCGUCUGUUAAAGCUCUUCUGGUGGCUCGUUGUGGCCUACACCAUGUUGGUGCUGAUCUCCAUCUACACUUACCAGUUUGAAGACUUCCCUGGAUACUGGAGAAACUUCACUGGCUUCACAGAGGAACAGCUGGCAGCCAUUGGUCUGGAGACGUUUGCUCUGUCCGAACUCUUCACCAGUAUUCUGAUCCCUGGAUUCUUCCUGCUGGCCUGUAUUCUGCAGCUACACUACUUCCACAAACCCUUCAUGAGGAUCACUGACCUGGAGCAUGUUACACCGAUACAUAAGAAGAAGAACGUGGAGAGGGCCAAGCCGACUGACUCUGGUAAUGUGGGGGGGAACUUUGAAGAGGAAGACCUGGUGACUAACACGGAUGAAGAAUCUGAAGACGAAGUGGAGUUGAUGCCCAGUAAGUGGGGACUCGUGAUGGACAGGUUACUGGUUCUGUCCAGGAGGUUCUCUGACACUCUCACCAAAGUUCAAGUGUUUCUCUGGAGGCUUCUCGAGCUCCAUAUCCUCAAGAUGGUGGCCUUCUUCUCUGUCUGGGUCGCACUUCAAGAGCCGUCUGUGAUGAACCUGGUCCUGGUGGUGUUGUGGUCUCUGGCGAUGCCCUACGGUCGCUUUAGGCCCAUGGCUUCCUGCCUGUCUACAGUGUGGGUGUGUGUCAUCAUUGUGUGUAAGAUGCUGUACCAGCUCAGUGUUGUAAACCCUGUGGAGUACUCCAGAAACUGCAGCCUGCCUCUUAUAAAUAAAACCAACCUGUUACCAGAGGAGAUGUUGAACUCCUCUCUGUAUGCGGAGCCGGUGGACCCAGCCAAAUGGGUUGGCAUCAGGAAAGAUGCCACCGUACUGGGAUACAGCAAGGAUCAUUUAUUAGUGCUGAUGUUGUUGGUGUUUGAGGCAACGGUGUAUCGUCACCAGGCUCACCACUACCGUCAGCUCCAACGAUCUCCGCCCACCAUCCCCGCUCUGUUUCCCGCUGCGACCAGGGACACUCUGAACCAGGGCCUCAUACCCUGCCUCAAGUACCUGCUCAACUACACCUUCUACAAGUUUGGAUUAGAGAUUUGCUUCCUGAUGACAGUGAAUGUGAUUGGCCAGCGGAUGAACUUCUUGGUGAUAAUCCAUGGCUGUUGGUUGGUAGCCAUCUUAGUGAGGCGGCGGCGGGCAGCUAUUGCUAAAAUCUGGCCCAGAUAUUGUCUCUUUCUGUCCAUCUUCAUGAUCUACCAGUACCUGCUGUGUGUGGGCAUACCACCUGUUCUCUGCAAAGAUUACCCAUGGCGGUGGAAGACUCCAGUGUUGAUGAACUCCGCUCUCAUUAAAUGGAUCUAUCUGCCUGACUUCUACACUGUGCCUAACUCCAAAAACCUCAUAGCGGACUUUGUGCUGCUGAUGUGUGCAUCCCAGCAGUGGACGGUGUUUGAGUGUGAGCACACGGAGGAGUGGAUGGUUCUGGCAGGAGAGAACACAGACGACCCUGAACCAAUGGAAGGUCGACUGUUCAACCCUGCGCCCAACUUCAUCAACUGCAGGAGUUACUUGGACAUGGCUAAAGUUUUGGUGUUUCGUCACCUCUUCUGGUUCGUGCUGUCAGUGGUCUUCAUCACCGGGGCCACCAGGAUCUCUGUGUUUGGAUUGGGUUACCUGCUUGCCUGCUUCUUUUUUCUGUUAUUUGGGACCCAGCUAUUGGUCAAACCAUCCAGGACCCGCCUCACCCUGUGGGACUGUCUCAUCAUCUAUAAUGUGGCUGUUAUCAUAUCUAAAAAUAUGUUGUCAAUCCUGGCGUGUGUGUUUGUGUUUGAGAUGCAGAAUGGCUUCUGUUGGGUGAUUCAGCUCUUCAGCUUGGUUUGCACAGUCAAAGGAUACUAUGACCCGAAAGUAGUGAGCAACAAGAACUGCAGCCUCCCAGUAGAAGAGGCCGGGAUCAUCUGGGACAGUAUCUGUUUCCUCUUCUUGUUGCUGCAGAGGAGGGUCUUCCUCAGUUUCUACUUCCUGCAUGUGGUGGCAGAGCUGCAGGCUUCCGCUAAACAGGCAUCGAGGGGAUUUGAGCUCUUCAGAGCCAGUAUUGUGAAGAACAUCAAGUUCCACCAACAAGCUGAGAAGAAAUCUCUGUCACAGCUCAAGAGAUCGAUGCAGAGAAUUCGCUCCAAGCAGCAGAAGUACAGAGACGGACACAAAACAAGUGAAGAUCCCAACAAGAGUCAGACUGUUGAGGCCGAGUCAGACAAGAAGAAGUCCAGGAAGAAAAAGUGGCACCGGCCGUGGUUGGACCACGCUACAGUGCUCCACUCAGGAGAGUACUACUUGUUCGAAUCAGACAGUGAGGAUGAAGAGGAGCUACAGUCUGAAGAACAGAAGCCUCAGAAACAGACUGCCUGCCAGUUGGCGUACCAGGCGUGGGUGACCAGUGUGAAAGCAGCUUUAAGAGAUCGACAGAGACGCCAGAGACACCUGAGGAGGAUCGAGAGUAAAAACAAAGAGAGAGAAGGAAAAGCGGAAUCACAACAGGGGCCUCUAUCCAUGAUAGGUUGUGGUGACAAUGAUGUGUUUGCGGACCUUGUAAUUCAGGAGGAGGUGGAGGAGCCAGAGGAACAGGAGUCUGGUCACGGUGAGAUGGUUCAGAGGAUCUUGGAUAUCCUGCGCUUCUUAUGGGCCAUAGUUCUGGCUAUGGUGGAUGGACUGACUCAGUGGCUCAACCUGCUGACCAAACAGUACAGAGAGACGUCUACGGUUCUGUGCAAUGAACGUUACUUCAUCAUACACAAGAUACAGCAGCAUCAUGCAACAGCAGACUCCACAGACGACCAGUUGUCUCAGGGCAGUGAGAGUCCCACACUGGAGACCUGUUUGGAUGAAACUGAUGCAGAAAACUCGACCAGAUUCAGCUGCCUGGAUGUGGAUAGUGGUGGUGUACCAGGCCAGUCAACCCCCAGGCCAAGACUCAACAGCACCGAGAACCUCUUGAGUCCAGAACCCCAAUCCAGCAGCAUUGAGCUGAUAUCAGUCCCAGCCAAGCAACAACACAGACAAUCCAGAACAGCCAGUGAGCUGCUGGGAGACAGGCAGUUCUUCAUCGAGGAGCUGGAACAGAGCAGAGAGUUCUACAAUAACCAGAACCGUCUGCUGAAGCUGCUGUUUGCCAUGUACAACCUGCUGGCAGCUAACUCCGAGCUCGUUUGCUAUUUCAUCAUAGUGUUAAACAACGUGGUCAGUGCCUCUGUAAUAUCACUGGUCUUGCCCAUAUUGGUGUUCCUGUGGGCUAUGUUGGCUGUUCCAAGACCAACCAAGAGGUUCUGGAUGACUGCUAUAGUCUACACAGAGGUAAUGGUGGUAGUGAAAUACCUCUUCCAGUUUGGAUUCUUUCCCUGGAACAGUGUUUAUGAAAUGACACUGAAUGAAGACAAACCUUUCUUCCCACCUCGCAUUCUGGGCCUAGAGAAGACUGACAACUACAUCAGAUACGAUCUUCUUCAGCUGCUGGCUCUGUUCUUCCACAGAUCCCUGCUAAUGCGGUAUGGCCUGUGGGACCACGAGGGCCCCCUAGAGGAGCAGAGCCCCUCACCAGAAGGCUGUAAAGAUGAAGGAAAAACUAGAGAAGGAGAUGAAGAUGGAAAGAGGAAGGAGGUAGGAGGAGUGGAUGAGGAGGAGGGCAAAGUUAGCUCAACAUCCAACUUGGAAAAGCUGGAAAUGACUGAAUUGGACCAACUUGAAAAGGACAAUGUGGAUUAUUGUGAGCCAAGUACCAGCUCUGCUGCUGCCACCCCACAACCCUCUGCUUCUGAACCAGCACCCACGGGGUCAAAAGAUGAACAGGAAAAUCUCCCCAGUAACCCGAGUGAAGAUAAGAUGGAGGGUGGCAAGGAGCAGGUGACAGAGGAAGUGCAGAAGAAAAGCGGUGGUAUGCGCUUCCGCAAGAAACCUAAACAACUCAAACAACAGAAGAGCAAAGGGAAGAUUCCAGUGGAGGCCACAGCUGAGUCUGCAGAUUGUGGUGAAGAACCAUUAAAGAAGAAGAAGAAAGGCAGGAGGAGAGAGCUAGCCAGUCAAAGAUUGAUGGCUGCUGGACAAAAGAUAAAACAUGUCUUCAUAUCUGGUGUUCAGAGUGUUUACAGGCCGGCUCAGGGUUUCUUUAGAGGUAUUCUCCACGCUGAGUAUCGGGCAGCCACUGAUGUUUAUGCACUCAUGUUCCUGACUGAUGUCAUCGACUUUAUCAUCAUUGUCUUCGGGUUUUGGGCUUUUGGGAAACACAGUGCAGCAGCUGAUAUAGCCUCCACCCUGUCAGAGGACCAGGUCCCAGAGGCCUUCCUGGUGAUGCUGCUCAUCCAGUUCAGCACAAUGAUCAUUGAUAGAGCAUUAUACCUGCGCAAGGCCGUCUUGGGAAAACUAAUUUUUCAGGUGACUCUUGUGUUUGGGAUCCACCUGUGGAUGUUCUUCAUCCUGCCUGCUGUUACUGAAAGGAAGUUCAAUCAGAACUUUGUGGCCCAGCUCUGGUACUUUGUCAAGUGCAUUUACUUCGGCCUGUCAGCCUAUCAGAUCCGCUGUGGAUAUCCCACUCGUAUCCUCGGCAACUUCCUUACCAAGAAAUACAACCACCUCAACUUGUUUCUCUUCCAAGGGUUUCGUCUGGUGCCUUUCCUGGUGGAGCUGCGAGCUGUGAUGGACUGGGUUUGGACUGACACCACUCUAUCUCUAUCAAACUGGAUGUGUGUGGAGGACAUUUAUGCCAACAUCUUCAUCAUUAAAUGCAGCCGUGAGACAGAGAAGAAAUACCCACAGCCUAAAGGACAGAAGAAGAAGAAGAUAGUGAAAUAUGGCAUGGGUGGACUCAUCAUCUUCUUCCUGAUCUGCAUCAUCUGGUUUCCCCUUCUCUUUAUUUCAUUGGUCAGAUCAGUGGUGGGUGUGGUCAACCACCCUAUUGAUGUCACAGUGACUGUCAAGCUGGGAGGUUACGAGCCCCUCUUCACCAUGAGUGUACAGCAGCAGUCCAUCCAGCCCUUCACCGAGCAGGAAUAUGACCAUCUCACCAAAAAGUUUGGAGAAAAUGCGGUAGCCAUGCAGUUCAUCACUCUCUACAGUUACGAGGACAUAGUGACAGCAAUGAUCGAAGGUAGCUCGGGUUCAGUAUGGAGGAUCAGCCCCCCUAGCAGACAGGAAGUCAUUAAAGAACUACUUGGAAGCCCUGUUGACCUAACACUACGUCUGGCCUGGAUUUUCCAGAGGGAUCUGGGUAAAGGAGGGACUGUGGAGCACACCUUUGACAAACACUCUAUAGACCUGGAACCUGGGAACCCAGUCAGAGCAGAUCUGGCCUCAUUACUGGUUGGCAAUCGCACCGGGCCUGUACUUGUUCCUAAUAUGUUCCCGAACUACAUCCGUGCUCCCAACGGAGCUGAAGCCAAACCAGUUAGUCAGCUACAUAAAGGUAAUGAAGAUGGUUUCCUGAAUAUCACCCUGUCCCUGAUGAGUGACCGGUCACUGAACGGCAGUGGGAACCAGGAGUGGUGGGACAUUGCCAUCGCGGGCUGUGCCCCCUCUGUUGCCACCUCAUGUGGGGUUCUACCCAUGAUCAUAUUCAAUGACAAAGUCAGUCCACCCAGUCUGGGCUUCCUGGCUGGAUAUGGGAUCAUGGGUCUGUAUGUGUCUGUGGUCUUAGUCAUUGGGAAGUUUGUGCGUGGCUUCUUCAGUGAGAUCUCCCACUCCAUUAUGUUUGAGGAGCUUCCCUGUGUGGACCGCAUCCUGAAGCUCUGCACAGACAUCUUCCUGGUGCGUGAGACAGGAGAGCUGGAGCUAGAAGAGGAACUUUACUCCAAGCUGAUCUUCCUCUAUCGAUCUCCAGAGACUAUGAUCAAAUGGACCAGAGACAUCUACAACCGAGACCAUGACAGAUACUGACUGACUGAUCAUGAUUGGUUUUAACAGAAUACAGUGAUUUGUGAAGCACACUGCAAAGAUGUCUGUGGGACAACACAUGGAAGGCUUUUUGAGAGCACUCCUUAGUGGACAAUGACUUACAGCCCAGGAGACACGUGAAAGAAGAUGUACACUAAUAGACAUACUCUAUAAAACAUCUCUUGUUGCUGGACACCUCCUGCUGUUGCAUUGUUCCCAGCUGCCAGAGCACUUUCGUCACCACAUUAUAAAGACAAUUGAGAGUGGAUUUGCAGUCCCGUUGUUAGUGGGCUUGAUGGCAGCUGUAUGUCUGUCCUGCAGGAUCGGACAUAAUGCCACUGGAAGGCAAAUUGAGCUGUGUUUGUUAAUGGUCAGAGGUCAAAGGUCAAAGACAAGAGACACUUCAUUCACUGUGUGCCUGAAACCUCAAGCUGAUUGUAGUUUGAACCAUCUGCAGUUACUGUAUCAGUAUGCUGAUUGAUUUGAAAACAUGCCAUGCUGUGAAUCAAACAUUGAUUCUUUUUAGCGUGUGUGCAGCAGCCAUGUUCUUUUUACUGUGCAUCAUGAAAAAACGUAUGACAGGUCCGAUUUUAAAGGACCAUUUUAUUUACCUUGUCAGAAGUAGCCAAACUCUAAGUUUGAACUCAUAAUGAAAAGUUCCAGUUCCAGGCCACCACUGGUCCUGAGUCCAGGGACGAUGGAUAAGACAGGUUAGUGAGACAGCUGUGAGUUUGUAGUUCUGUUAACAAUAAAACCCACGAUCAAUUCAACACAUUUUAAUAAAAAAUAAACUUUCUUGAAUUAAAGAUACAUAUAUGAGGGGAACACACACACACACACACAAACACACACACACACACACACACACACACACACACAUGGUCAAACGCUGCCUGAAUACACCUUGGAUAAAAUAACACAGCAGUUAGAAUGAUAUAUACUGUAUAUAUACAGUAUAUCAUUAACAUAGUGUAGUGUUUUGUGCUGGGCACAUCAAGUUACUGGUUGCUCCUGAGACAAAUUUGAAUGUGUCCAGGUAAAAUGCUGUGAGGGGAAACUAGAACAUCAUAUUGAACCAAAAAACAUGUUGAGUUUAAUUGCUGGUUCUGUGUUGGUAUGAGUGUGCACCCUUUACAAAAAAAUAAAAACAAUCAUCUCCAUCAAAAUGUUUGGUGCCUGCCCGGUCUGCAGAUACAACACUGAUUUUACAGUUGAUGAGUUGACUGAUGGGCUGUAUUGAUCACUGUACUAGCCAGGUGCUGACUGUGCCAUACAUUUUCCAAAAAUGGUCAAAAUCAUAAAAUAUUUGGGCCUAUUUGCCAUGUCAUAUGUGAGCCACUACCAUAGGUUUACGUCUAGAUUAGUAUGCACUUACUGUGCCAAGUCUGUGUUAAUAAAACCAGGACAUGUUUGCUAUUAUCAUAUGUGGGCCACUUUUGGUUUACAUCCAGAUUAGCCUUUGUCGACUGUGCCGCAUCUCUGCCAAAUUUGGCCACCAUUUGAUUUGUGAUAUUUGGGCCAUAUUCACCAUUUACCAAACAGGCCACUUUAGGGUCAUAUCCAGAUUACACAUUGCAGAGUGCCCUGCAUCUUUGUCAAAAAAGGCUCACUUUUGAUUUGCAAUAUUUGGGCCAUAUUUGCUAUUUGACAUGUGGGCCACUUCACAUCCAUUUUGCCCAGGCCAUAAGAAGGCCAACAGUGCCUCAUUAUUGCCUGAAGUGGCCCAUAUUUAUCUAUCACACAUUUAUGCUAUCUGGGCCCCCACUGUCUGUAUCUAUUUUCUUCUUUUAUUUUCCUGUUAGGGCCUGUUGCUCCCUCUUAUGUGACAGAAAUAGUAUAUUGGAUAUUGUGAUGCUGAUAUAACAAACAUUUUUACUGGCAUUGUGUCUGUGGUUUGACAUGUAGAUUAGAUAAGUCAAAUCAUGUGAGAUUAAUCUCACCAGGGUUUAAAUAACUCUCUGCUAGAUAAAAGUAACAUAAGUGUUAUAUGUGAUAUAUAGUUAAAAGUAGUGACUUAAAAAGUAGUGAUAGCAGCUCAGCUACUGUAUGACAAACAUUCUUUGUGUAUUUGAGUAUUUUACGAUGGAAAUUAUACAUAUAGGUUAGAAAACAUCAGUCACCGUUUUGGCUCACAGACCUGGUUCUGCUGGAAGAAAUCAAACUCAUUGUCACAUUUAUGGACGCCCUAAUUGGUCAUACAGUCAUACAUUUUAUUUCCUUGUUUCUCAUGAUAAUAAAUUAAUUUCAUUUGUUUUCUCAA